CACAGCGGAUGUGAGGCAGCAAGGCGACGGCUUGGAGAGCCCUUGUGGGAAUAUUGCUUAUGCUUCGGCGCGCUUUAAAGACUCUUGCAGCCACUCCGGUCACGCGCGCGCGCGCGGGCGGAUCGCCCUACUCGAUUUGAAUUUUGUCUUUUCUCGCCGGUGAAGUUUUUCCCCCCCCCGCCACCCCCCUCCAACCAGCCGCUCGAAUGUAUAGCAUGAUGAUGGAGACCGAUCUCCACUCUCCCGGCCUCCAGACUAACGCGGCCGGGGGGCAAACGGGGCCCAACGCGGGCUCCAAGGCGAGCCAGGAGCGGGUGAAGAGACCCAUGAACGCCUUCAUGGUGUGGUCCCGCGGCCAGCGCAGAAAGAUGGCGCAGGAGAACCCCAAAAUGCACAACUCCGAGAUCAGCAAGAGGCUGGGGGCCGAGUGGAAGGUGAUGUCCGAGGCGGAAAAGCGGCCCUUCAUCGACGAGGCCAAGAGGCUGCGGGCCAUGCACAUGAAGGAGCACCCGGAUUACAAGUACCGGCCCAGGCGGAAGACCAAGACGCUCCUCAAGAAGGACAAGUACUCGCUGGCCGGCGGUCUGCUCUCCGGAGCCGGCGGCGGCGGAGUAGGCUUGGGUGUCGGCAUGGCGUCCUCCUCGGCGGGCCAGAGGCUGGAAAGCCCGGGGGCGCCCCACGGAGGCUCCGCGGGUUCCGGCUACGCGCACAUGAACGGCUGGGCCAACGGCGCCUACCCGGGCCAGGUGGCCGCCGCCGCGGCGGCCGCUGCCAUGAUGCAGGAGGCGCACCUCGCCUUCGGCCAGCACCCCGGCGGGGGCGCGCACCACCUCAACCACCACCACCACCACGCGCACCCUCAUGGCCACCACGCGCAUCACCAUCACCACCACGCGCACAAUCCGCAGCCCGUGCACCGCUACGACAUGAGCGCGCUCCAGUACAGCCCCAUCUCGAACUCGCAGAGCUACAUGAGCGCGUCCCCGUCCGGCUACGGCGCCCUCAGCUACACGCAGCACCAAGGCUCCGGCGUGUCCUCUUCCUCCUCCUCCUCCUCUUCGUCCUCCUCCGCCGUCGCCUCUUCCAUGGGCACGCUGGGCUCGUUGGUCAAGUCGGAACCCAGCGUGAGCCCCCCGGUGAGCGCGGGCCCUCACGCGCGGGGCCCCUGUCCCGGGGACUUGCGGGAGAUGAUAAGUAUGUACUUGCCCACCGGGGAGCCGGCGGACCCCGCCAUGCAGAGCCGGCUCCACGCUUUGCCGGCGCACUACCAGAGCGCGGCGGCCGGAGUGAAUGGGACGGUCCCGCUCACACACAUCUAAUUCAAUUCGAACCCGUCAUUGGAAGUGCAACGGAACACAUAACCAAAUAUUUACCUCUUUUCUAGCCCCCCCUCCCUCCUCCCUCCUUGCAAGAACUACCUGUAUUUUGUAUAGAGUGUUUAUCACAUGUAAAUGAAGGCUCUUCUUUUUUCCCGUUUUUUUUGUUGAGGAGGGGGCAUAAAACUACUGACAUUUUUUGGUUAUCGUGCUAUUAAAUCAUCGUUUCCAGUCUAAUUUACGCCUGGUGCACCUCGGGCUCCCCCCCCCCCCCCCCCCCCCCGUUAACUGUAAGUUAUUACAAAAUGUCAAGACAAUAAUACAGAAAGUGCUUUAAAAGAAGUGGGUCUAAAAGGAAUCCUCUUUUUAAACUUUAAAGCGUUUGUGUUCCAACCCCUCGUUUUAUUGUUGUAACACUCUUAUUAUUGUAUAAUUGUGAAUAAUUUUAAUAUUUGAAAGAAGGAUGACUUGGCAACGUGCUCUUGUAAUUUAUGUGCUUUUCUGCAAGUGAAAAGCCCGGAUUUACUGCAAUGAUUAAAAAAAAAGAA